AGGAGGAAGAAGGCUCGCCGUCGAGGGUCGCCGCCAUGACCGCGCUCCGGGGCUUCCUCAGGGCGCAGCGCCUGGGGCGGAGAGCGAUUUUGUUACUUCACCGGUUUCAGAGUACACUAGUAAUUGCUGAGCACGCCAAUGAGACCCUGACACCAAUUACUUUGAACACCAUUACUGCGGCAAAACGACUUGGGGGUGAAGUGUCCUGUUUAGUAGCGGGGACCAGUUGUGAAAAGGUGGCACAAGAGCUGAGCAAAAUACCUGGAGUUUCCAAGGUGCUUUUUGCCCAACACGAUGCAUAUAAAGGACUUCUGGCUGAGGAGCUGACACCGCUGAUUUUGGAAACUCAGAAACAGUUCAGUUACACGCACAUCUGUGCCGGAGCAUCUGCCUUUGGGAAGAAUCUCCUUCCCAGAGUGGCAGCUAAGUUGGAUGUUGCUCCUAUCUCAGAUGUCACUGAAAUCAAGUCCGCCGAUACUUUUGUGAGGACUAUUUAUGCAGGCAACGCCCUGUGCACUGUGAAGUGCGAGGAGAAGAUCAAGGUGCUUUCCAUCCGGGGGACUUCCUUUGAGGCUGCCCCAGUGAGCGGAGGCAGCGCCACUGUCGAAAAAAUAUCAGCCCCUGCACCUGUCGGCCAGUCGGAAUGGAUUGAGCAGAAGUUGACCAAAAGUGACCGGCCAGAACUUACUAGUGCAAAGGUGGUUGUAUCAGGCGGGCGAGGCUUGAAGAGUGGCGAAAACUUCAAGCUGUUGUACGACCUGGCGGAUCAGUUGCAUGCUGCAGUCGGUGCUUCCCGAGCGGCGGUUGAUGCCGGCUUUGUCCCCAACGACAUGCAAGUUGGACAGACGGGCAAAAUUGUAGCACCGGAAUUAUAUAUCGCUGUAGGAAUAUCUGGAGCCAUUCAGCAUCUAGCUGGAAUGAAAGACAGCAAGACCAUAGUCGCUAUCAACAAAGACCCUGAAGCGCCCAUAUUCCAAGUUGCAGAUUAUGGCAUAGUAGCUGACCUGUUCAAGGUUGUUCCCGAGCUGACGACAGCAUUAAAAAAAUAAAAGCUACUCCAUGUUUGGGAAGGAAUGAGUAUCUCUUUGACAGAGAGAAACUAUUUUUAAGCAGUUUAAAUUAUGUUUUAUCAAACCAGAAAUGUAAAAAUUGCCCCAAAAGUGCCAAUAACGAUCUUGCAAUACACCAAUUUUAGCCCUUUUCAUUUCCAUUUGGCUUCGUUAUUUUCUGAACUCUUUUUCUAAUUCUCUAAUAAACAUACAUCUGCUGUAUUUUGUAUUAU